AUGGCGCCCACUGUGCCAUCUAGGACAGGGAGCUCCGUCGGGGUGUCUGGCGGGAGUGAGGCCACCAGCGCUGCCUACACAUCCGUGAGUCUCGACUCCAGUGCAACCAGCGUAGACACAUCGAGCGGCAGUGCCAGCUCUGUUUCGGUUACAGCCAGAUCGACAGCAGGCAGUGACUCUCCUUCCCUUGCUGGCAAAUCAGCUGCACCGUUCAGCAGCGGGUCAAGCAGCAGCAGUGGUAGCGCUGAGCCAAGCUUGUCAGCCACGUCCCAGCCAUCCACGGGCCUCCCAUCCCCUGUUCCCUGGUCCACUGCUGGCCGUACGAGCGUUGGGCGGGGCACGGUGACGGUGCUCACCACGACCAACCUCAAGCAGGAGCAUGUCACAGCACAGUUGGGGCCAACGUCAUCUUCAAAGGUGAGCCCGUUAGCUUCUACAGAUCCGGCCUCUACUGAUAGCCCUGCCACCACUCGUACUGCCUUAGGUGAAAGUGCCACUGUGGCCCAGGUGAGCGGCACUACGUCUGACACAGGUGACGAGACUUCUAUUUCCCUCCCUACCACAUCUUUGUCAGCUGCUUCCAUGGUAACCACGGCAGCUGGAGAAGUGAGGAUGGAGACGGCGCCCACUACGCCAUCUAGGACGGGGAGCUCUCUUGGGGUGUCUGGCGUAAGUGAGGCCACCACUGUUGGCUACACAUCCAUUAGUCGGGACAACAAUGCGACCAGCAUGGUCGCAGUGACUGGCAGUGCCAGGUCCACUUCUCCGAUGUCCAGCAUGGCAGGAGGCAGUGACUCACCUUCCCUUGCUGGCACAUCAGCUGCACCGUUCAGCAGCGGGUCAAGCAGCAGCAGCGGUAGCGCUGAGCCGAGCUUGUCAGCCACGUCCCAGCCAUCCACGGGCCUCCCGUCCCCUGUUCCCUGGUCCACUGCUGGCACUAUGAGCGUUGGGCAGGACACUGUGACGUUGCUCAGCACGACUGUCUUCAACCAGGAGCAUUCCACACAACAUUUUGUGUCCACGUCAUCUUCCACGGCCAGCCCGUUGCCUUCUAGAGCUGUGGCCUCUGCUGCUAGCCCUUCCACGACUCGUACUGGCUUAGGCGAAAGUCCCACCAUGGCCCAGGUGAGCGGCACCACGUCUGACGCACGUGACGAGACUUCCAUUUCACUCCCUCUAACAUCUUUGUCAGUUGCUUCCGUGGUAACUACAGCAGCCGGAGAAGUGAGGACGCAGAUGGCGCCCACUGUGCCAUCUAGGACAGGGAGCUCCGUCGGGGUGUCUGGCGGGAGUGAGGCCACCAGCGCUGCCUACACAUCCGUGAGUCUCGACUCCAGUGCAACCAGCGUAGACACAUCGAGCGGCAGUGCCAGCUCUGUUUCGGUUACAGCCAGAUCGACAGCAGGCAGUGACUCUCCUUCCCUUGCUGGCAAAUCAGCUGCACUGUUCAGCAGCGGGUCAAGCAGCAGCAGCGGUAGCGCUGAGCCGAGCUUGUCAGCCACGUCCCAGCCAUCCACGGGCCUCCCAUCCCCUGUUCCCUGGUCCACUGCUGGCCGUACGAGCGUUGGGCGGGGCACGGUGACGGUGCUCACCACGACCAACCUCAAGCAGGAGCAUGUCACAGCACAGCUGGGGCCAACGUCAUCUUCGAAGGUGAGCCCGUUAGCUUCUACAGAUCCGGCCUCUACUGAUAGCCCUGCCACCACUCGUACUGCCUUAGGUGAAAGUGCCACUGUGGCCCAGGUGAGCGGCACUACGUCUGACACAGGUGACGAGACUUCUAUUUCCCUCCCUACCACAUCUUUGUCAGCUGCUUCCAUGGUAACCACGGCAGCUGGAGAAGUGAGGAUGGAGACGGCGCCCACUACGCCAUCUAGGACGGGGAGCUCUCUUGGGGUGUCUGGCGUAAGUGAGGCCACCACUGUUGGCUACACAUCCAUUAGUCGGGACAACAAUGCGACCAGCAUGGUCGCAGUGACUGGCAGUGCCAGGUCCACUUCUCCGAUGUCCAGCAUGGCAGGAGGCAGUGACUCACCUUCCCUUGCUGGCACAUCAGCUGCACCGUUCAGCAGCGGGUCAAGCAGCAGCAGCGGUAGCGCUGAGCCGAGCUUGUCAGCCACGUCCCAGCCAUCCACGGGCCUCCCGUCCCCUGUUCCCUGGUCCACUGCUGGCACUAUGAGCGUUGGGCAGGACACUGUGACGUUGCUCAGCACGACUGUCUUCAACCAGGAGCAUUCCACACAACAUUUUGUGUCCACGUCAUCUUCCACGGCCAGCCCGUUGCCUUCUAGAGCUGUGGCCUCUGCUGCUAGCCCUUCCACGACUCGUACUGGCUUAGGCGAAAGUCCCACCAUGGCCCAGGUGAGCGGCACCACGUCUGACGCACGUGACGAGACUUCCAUUUCACUCCCUCUAACAUCUUUGUCAGUUGCUUCCGUGGUAACUACAGCAGCCGGAGAAGUGAGGACGCAGAUGGCGCCCACUGUGCCAUCUAGGACAGGGAGCUCCGUCGGGGUGUCUGGCGGGAGUGAGGCCACCAGCGCUGCCUACACAUCCGUGAGUCUCGACUCCAGUGCAACCAGCGUAGACACAUCGAGCGGCAGUGCCAGCUCUGUUUCGGUUACAGCCAGAUCGACAGCAGGCAGUGACUCUCCUUCCCUUGCUGGCAAAUCAGCUGCACCGUUCAGCAGUGGGCCAAGCAGCAGCAGUGGUAGCGCUGAGCCAAGCUUGUCAGCCACGUCCCAGCCAUCCACGGGCCUCCCAUCCCCUGUUCCCUGGUCCACUGCUGGCCGUACGAGCGUUGGGCGGGGCACGGUGACGGUGCUCACCACGACCAACCUCAAGCAGGAGCAUGUCACAGCACAGUUGGGGCCAACGUCAUCUUCGAAGGUGAGCCCGUUAGCUUCUACAGAUCCGGCCUCUACUGAUAGCCCUGCCACCACUCGUACUGCCUUAGGUGAAAGUGCCACUGUGGCCCAGGUGAGCGGCACUACGUCUGACACAGGUGACGAGACUUCUAUUUCCCUCCCUACCACAUCUUUGUCAGCUGCUUCCAUGGUAACCACGGCAGCUGGAGAAGUGAGGAUGGAGACGGCGCCCACUACGCCAUCUAGGACGGGGAGCUCUCUUGGGGUGUCUGGCGUAAGUGAGGCCACCACUGUUGGCUACACAUCCACUAGUCGGGACAACAAUGCGACCAGCAUGGUCGCAGUGACUGGCAGUGCCAGGUCCACUUCUCCGAUGUCCAGCAUGGCAGGAGGCAGUGACUCACCUUCCCUUGCUGGCACAUCAGCUGCACCGUUCAGCAGCGGGUCAAGCAGCAGCAGCGGUAGCGCUGAGCCGAGCUUGUCAGCCACGUCCCAGCCAUCCACGGGCCUCCCGUCCCCUGUUCCCUGGUCCACUGCUGGCACUAUGAGCGUUGGGCGGGACACUGUGACGUUGCUCAGCACGACUGUCUUCAACCAGGAGCAUUCCACACAACAUUUUGUGUCCACGUCAUCUUCCACGGCCAGCCCGUUGCCUUCUAGAGCUGUGGCCUCUGCUGCUAGCCCUUCCACGACUCGUACUGGCUUAGGCGAAAGUCCCACCAUGGCCCAGGUGAGCGGCACCACGUCUGACGCACGUGACGAGACUUCCAUUUCACUCCCUCUAACAUCUUUGUCAGUUGCUUCCGUGGUAACUACAGCAGCCGGAGAAGUGAGGACGCAGAUGGCGCCCACUGUGCCAUCUAGGACAGGGAGCUCCGUCGGGGUGUCUGGCGGGAGUGAGGCCACCAGCGCUGCCUACACAUCCGUGAGUCUCGACUCCAGUGCAACCAGCGUAGACACAUCGAGCGGCAGUGCCAGCUCUGUUUCGGUUACAGCCAGAUCGACAGCAGGCAGUGACUCUCCUUCCCUUGCUGGCAAAUCAGCUGCACCGUUCAGCAGUGGGCCAAGCAGCAGCAGUGGUAGCGCUGAGCCAAGCUUGUCAGCCACGUCCCAGCCAUCCACGGGCCUCCCAUCCCCUGUUCCCUGGUCCACUGCUGGCCGUACGAGCGUUGGGCGGGGCACGGUGACGGUGCUCACCACGACCAACCUCAAGCAGGAGCAUGUCACAGCACAGUUGGGGCCAACGUCAUCUUCGAAGGUGAGCCCGUUAGCUUCUACAGAUCCGGCCUCUACUGAUAGCCCUGCCACCACUCGUACUGCCUUAGGUGAAAGUGCCACUGUGGCCCAGGUGAGCGGCACUACGUCUGACACAGGUGACGAGACUUCUAUUUCCCUCCCUACCACAUCUUUGUCAGCUGCUUCCAUGGUAACCACGGCAGCUGGAGAAGUGAGGAUGGAGACGGCGCCCACUACGCCAUCUAGGACGGGGAGCUCUCUUGGGGUGUCUGGCGUAAGUGAGGCCACCACUGUUGGCUACACAUCCACUAGUCGGGACAACAAUGCGACCAGCAUGGUCGCAGUGACUGGCAGUGCCAGGUCCACUUCUCCGAUGUCCAGCAUGGCAGGAGGCAGUGACUCACCUUCCCUUGCUGGCACAUCAGCUGCACCGUUCAGCAGCGGGUCAAGCAGCAGCAGCGGUAGCGCUGAGCCGAGCUUGUCAGCCACGUCCCAGCCAUCCACGGGCCUCCCGUCCCCUGUUCCCUGGUCCACUGCUGGCACUAUGAGCGUUGGGCGGGACACUGUGACGUUGCUCAGCACGACUGUCUUCAACCAGGAGCAUUCCACACAACAUUUUGUGUCCACGUCAUCUUCCACGGCCAGCCCGUUGCCUUCUAGAGCUGUGGCCUCUGCUGCUAGCCCUUCCACGACUCGUACUGGCUUAGGCGAAAGUCCCACCAUGGCCCAGGUGAGCGGCACCACGUCUGACGCACGUGACGAGACUUCCAUUUCACUCCCUCUAACAUCUUUGUCAGUUGCUUCCGUGGUAACUACAGCAGCCGGAGAAGUGAGGACGCAGAUGGCGCCCACUGUGCCAUCUAGGACAGGGAGCUCCGUCGGGGUGUCUGGCGGGAGUGAGGCCACCAGCGCUGCCUACACAUCCGUGAGUCUCGACUCCAGUGCAACCAGCGUAGACACAUCGAGCGGCAGUGCCAGCUCUGUUUCGGUUACAGCCAGAUCGACAGCAGGCAGUGACUCUCCUUCCCUUGCUGUCUCCUCAGCUGCACCGUUCAGCAGUGGGCCAAGCAGCAGCAGUGGUAGCGCUGAGCCAAGCUUGUCAGCCACGUCCCAGCCAUCCACGGGCCUCCCAUCCCCUGUUCCCUGGUCCACUGCUGGCCGUACGAGCGUUGGGCGGGGCACGGUGACGGUGCUCACCACGACCAACCUCAAGCAGGAGCAUGUCACAGCACAGUUGGGGCCAACGUCAUCUUCGAAGGUGAGCCCGUUAGCUUCUACAGAUCCGGCCUCUACUGAUAGCCCUGCCACCACUCGUACUGCCUUAGGUGAAAGUGCCACUGUGGCCCAGGUGAGCGGCACUACGUCUGACACAGGUGACGAGACUUCUAUUUCCCUCCCUACCACAUCUUUGUCAGCUGCUUCCAUGGUAACCACGGCAGCUGGAGAAGUGAGGAUGGAGACGGCGCCCACUACGCCAUCUAGGACGGGGAGCUCUCUUGGGGUGUCUGGCGUAAGUGAGGCCACCACUGUUGGCUACACAUCCAUUAGUCGGGACAACAAUGCGACCAGCAUGGUCGCAGUGACUGGCAGUGCCAGGUCCACUUCUCCGAUGUCCAGCAUGGCAGGAGGCAGUGACUCACCUUCCCUUGCUGGCACAUCAGCUGCACCGUUCAGCAGCGGGUCAAGCAGCAGCAGCGGUAGCGCUGAGCCGAGCUUGUCAGCCACGUCCCAGCCAUCCACGGGCCUCCCGUCCCCUGUUCCCUGGUCCACUGCUGGCACUAUGAGCGUUGGGCGGGACACUGUGACGUUGCUCAGCACGACUGUCUUCAACCAGGAGCAUUCCACACAACAUUUUGUGUCCACGUCAUCUUCCACGGCCAGCCCGUUGCCUUCUAGAGCUGUGGCCUCUGCUGCUAGCCCUUCCACGACUCGUACUGGCUUAGGCGAAAGUCCCACCAUGGCCCAGGUGAGCGGCACCACGUCUGACGCACGUGACGAGACUUCCAUUUCACUCCCUCUAACAUCUUUGUCAGUUGCUUCCGUGGUAACUACAGCAGCCGGAGAAGUGAGGACGCAGAUGGCGCCCACUGUGCCAUCUAGGACAGGGAGCUCCGUCGGGGUGUCUGGCGGGAGUGAGGCCACCAGCGCUGCCUACACAUCCGUGAGUCUCGACUCCAGUGCAACCAGCGUAGACACAUCGAGCGGCAGUGCCAGCUCUGUUUCGGUUACAGCCAGAUCGACAGCAGGCAGUGACUCUCCUUCCCUUGCUGUCUCCUCAGCUGCACCGUUCAGCAGUGGGCCAAGCAGCAGCAGUGGUAGCGCUGAGCCAAGCUUGUCAGCCACGUCCCAGCCAUCCACGGGCCUCCCAUCCCCUGUUCCCUGGUCCACUGCUGGCCGUACGAGCGUUGGGCGGGGCACGGUGACGGUGCUCACCACGACCAACCUCAAGCAGGAGCGUGUCACAGCACAGUUGGGGCCAACGUCAUCUUCGAAGGUGAGCCCGUUAGCUUCUACAGAUCCGGCCUCUACUGAUAGCCCUGCCACCACUCGUACUGCCUUAGGUGAAAGUGCCACUGUGGCCCAGGUGAGCGGCACUACGUCUGACACAGGUGACGAGACUUCUAUUUCCCUCCCUACCACAUCUUUGUCAGCUGCUUCCAUGGUAACCACGGCAGCUGGAGAAGUGAGGAUGGAGACGGCGCCCACUACGCCAUCUAGGACGGGGAGCUCUCUUGGGGUGUCUGGCGUAAGUGAGGCCACCACUGUUGGCUACACAUCCAUUAGUCGGGACAACAAUGCGACCAGCAUGGUCGCAGUGACUGGCAGUGCCAGGUCCACUUCUCCGAUGUCCAGCAUGGCAGGAGGCAGUGACUCACCUUCCCUUGCUGGCACAUCAGCUGCACCGUUCAGCAGCGGGUCAAGCAGCAGCAGCGGUAGCGCUGAGCCGAGCUUGUCAGCCACGUCCCAGCCAUCCACGGGCCUCCCGUCCCCUGUUCCCUGGUCCACUGCUGGCACUAUGAGCGUUGGGCAGGACACUGUGACGUUGCUCAGCACGACUGUCUUCAACCAGGAGCAUUCCACACAACAUUUUGUGUCCACGUCAUCUUCCACGGCCAGCCCGUUGCCUUCUAGAGCUGUGGCCUCUGCUGCUAGCCCUUCCACGACUCGUACUGGCUUAGGCAAAAGUCCCACCAUGGCCCAGGUGAGCGGCACCACGUCUGACGCACGUGACGAGACUUCCAUUUCACUCCCUCUAACAUCUUUGUCAGUUGCUUCCGUGGUAACUACAGCAGCCGGAGAAGUGAGGACGCAGAUGGCGCCCACUGUGCCAUCUAGGACAGGGAGCUCCGUCGGGGUGUCUGGCGGGAGUGAGGCCACCAGCGCUGCCUACACAUCCGUGAGUCUCGACUCCAGUGCAACCAGCGUAGACACAUCGAGCGGCAGUGCCAGCUCUGUUUCGGUUACAGCCAGAUCGACAGCAGGCAGUGACUCUCCUUCCCUUGCUGUCUCCUCAGCUGCACCGUUCAGCAGUGGGCCAAGCAGCAGCAGUGGUAGCGCUGAGCCAAGCUUGUCAGCCACGUCCCAGCCAUCCACGGGCCUCCCAUCCCCUGUUCCCUGGUCCACUGCUGGCCGUACGAGCGUUGGGCGGGGCACGGUGACGGUGCUCACCACGACCAACCUCAAGCAGGAGCAUGUCACAGCACAGUUGGGGCCAACGUCAUCUUCGAAGGUGAGCCCGUUAGCUUCUACAGAUCCGGCCUCUACUGAUAGCCCUGCCACCACUCGUACUGCCUUAGGUGAAAGUGCCACUGUGGCCCAGGUGAGCGGCACUACGUCUGACACAGGUGACGAGACUUCUAUUUCCCUCCCUACCACAUCUUUGUCAGCUGCUUCCAUGGUAACCGCGGCAGCUGGAGAAGUGAGGAUGGAGACGGCGCCCACUACGCCAUCUAGGACGGGGAGCUCUCUUGGGGUGUCUGGCGUAAGUGAGGCCACCACUGUUGGCUACACAUCCAUUAGUCGGGACAACAAUGCGACCAGCAUGGUCGCAGUGACUGGCAGUGCCAGGUCCACUUCUCCGAUGUCCAGCAUGGCAGGAGGCAGUGACUCACCUUCCCUUGCUGGCACAUCAGCUGCACCGUUCAGCAGCGGGUCAAGCAGCAGCAGCGGUAGCGCUGAGCCGAGCUUGUCAGCCACGUCCCAGCCAUCCACGGGCCUCCCGUCCCCUGUUCCCUGGUCCACUGCUGGCACUAUGAGCGUUGGGCGGGACACUGUGACGUUGCUCAGCACGACUGUCUUCAACCAGGAGCAUUCCACACAACAUUUUGUGUCCACGUCAUCUUCCACGGCCAGCCCGUUGCCUUCUAGAGCUGUGGCCUCUGCUGCUAGCCCUUCCACGACUCGUACUGGCUUAGGCGAAAGUCCCACCAUGGCCCAGGUGAGCGGCACCACGUCUGACGCACGUGACGAGACUUCCAUUUCACUCCCUCUAACAUCUUUGUCAGUUGCUUCCGUGGUAACUACAGCAGCCGGAGAAGUGAGGACGCAGAUGGCGCCCACUGUGCCAUCUAGGACAGGGAGCUCCGUCGGGGUGUCUGGCGGGAGUGAGGCCACCAGCGCUGCCUACACAUCCGUGAGUCUCGACUCCAGUGCAACCAGCGUAGACACAUCGAGCGGCAGUGCCAGCUCUGUUUCGGUUACAGCCAGAUCGACAGCAGGCAGUGACUCUCCUUCCCUUGCUGUCUCCUCAGCUGCACCGUUCAGCAGUGGGCCAAGCAGCAGCAGUGGUAGCGCUGAGCCAAGCUUGUCAGCCACGUCCCAGCCAUCCACGGGCCUCCCAUCCCCUGUUCCCUGGUCCACUGCUGGCCGUACGAGCGUUGGGCGGGGCACGGUGACGGUGCUCACCACGACCAACCUCAAGCAGGAGCGUGUCACAGCACAGUUGGGGCCAACGUCAUCUUCGAAGGUGAGCCCGUUAGCUUCUACAGAUCCGGCCUCUACUGAUAGCCCUGCCACCACUCGUACUGCCUUAGGUGAAAGUGCCACUGUGGCCCAGGUGAGCGGCACUACGUCUGACACAGGUGACGAGACUUCUAUUUCCCUCCCUACCACAUCUUUGUCAGCUGCUUCCAUGGUAACCACGGCAGCUGGAGAAGUGAGGAUGGAGACGGCGCCCACUACGCCAUCUAGGACGGGGAGCUCUCUUGGGGUGUCUGGCGUAAGUGAGGCCACCACUGUUGGCUACACAUCCAUUAGUCGGGACAACAAUGCGACCAGCAUGGUCGCAGUGACUGGCAGUGCCAGGUCCACUUCUCCGAUGUCCAGCAUGGCAGGAGGCAGUGACUCACCUUCCCUUGCUGGCACAUCAGCUGCACCGUUCAGCAGCGGGUCAAGCAGCAGCAGCGGUAGCGCUGAGCCGAGCUUGUCAGCCACGUCCCAGCCAUCCACGGGCCUCCCGUCCCCUGUUCCCUGGUCCACUGCUGGCACUAUGAGCGUUGGGCAGGACACUGUGACGUUGCUCAGCACGACUGUCUUCAACCAGGAGCAUUCCACACAACAUUUUGUGUCCACGUCAUCUUCCACGGCCAGCCCGUUGCCUUCUAGAGCUGUGGCCUCUGCUGCUAGCCCUUCCACGACUCGUACUGGCUUAGGCGAAAGUCCCACCAUGGCCCAGGUGAGCGGCACCACGUCUGACGCACGUGACGAGACUUCCAUUUCACUCCCUCUAACAUCUUUGUCAGUUGCUUCCGUGGUAACUACAGCAGCCGGAGAAGUGAGGACGCAGAUGGCGCCCACUGUGCCAUCUAGGACAGGGAGCUCCGUCGGGGUGUCUGGCGGGAGUGAGGCCACCAGCGCUGCCUACACAUCCGUGAGUCUCGACUCCAGUGCAACCAGCGUAGACACAUCGAGCGGCAGUGCCAGCUCUGUUUCGGUUACAGCCAGAUCGACAGCAGGCAGUGACUCUCCUUCCCUUGCUGUCUCCUCAGCUGCACCGUUCAGCAGUGGGCCAAGCAGCAGCAGUGGUAGCGCUGAGCCAAGCUUGUCAGCCACGUCCCAGCCAUCCACGGGCCUCCCAUCCCCUGUUCCCUGGUCCACUGCUGGCCGUACGAGCGUUGGGCGGGGCACGGUGACGGUGCUCACCACGACCAACCUCAAGCAGGAGCGUGUCACAGCACAGUUGGGGCCAACGUCAUCUUCGAAGGUGAGCCCGUUAGCUUCUACAGAUCCGGCCUCUACUGAUAGCCCUGCCACCACUCGUACUGCCUUAGGUGAAAGUGCCACUGUGGCCCAGGUGAGCGGCACUACGUCUGACACAGGUGACGAGACUUCUAUUUCCCUCCCUACCACAUCUUUGUCAGCUGCUUCCAUGGUAACCACGGCAGCUGGAGAAGUGAGGAUGGAGACGGCGCCCACUACGCCAUCUAGGACGGGGAGCUCUCUUGGGGUGUCUGGCGUAAGUGAGGCCACCACUGUUGGCUACACAUCCAUUAGUCGGGACAACAAUGCGACCAGCAUGGUCGCAGUGACUGGCAGUGCCAGGUCCACUUCUCCGAUGUCCAGCAUGGCAGGAGGCAGUGACUCACCUUCCCUUGCUGGCACAUCAGCUGCACCGUUCAGCAGCGGGUCAAGCAGCAGCAGCGGUAGCGCUGAGCCGAGCUUGUCAGCCACGUCCCAGCCAUCCACGGGCCUCCCGUCCCCUGUUCCCUGGUCCACUGCUGGCACUAUGAGCGUUGGGCAGGACACUGUGACGUUGCUCAGCACGACUGUCUUCAACCAGGAGCAUUCCACACAACAUUUUGUGUCCACGUCAUCUUCCACGGCCAGCCCGUUGCCUUCUAGAGCUGUGGCCUCUGCUGCUAGCCCUUCCACGACUCGUACUGGCUUAGGCGAAAGUCCCACCAUGGCCCAGGUGAGCGGCACCACGUCUGACGCACGUGACGAGACUUCCAUUUCACUCCCUCUAACAUCUUUGUCAGUUGCUUCCGUGGUAACUACAGCAGCCGGAGAAGUGAGGACGCAGAUGGCGCCCACUGUGCCAUCUAGGACAGGGAGCUCCGUCGGGGUGUCUGGCGGGAGUGAGGCCACCAGCGCUGCCUACACAUCCGUGAGUCUCGACUCCAGUGCAACCAGCGUAGACACAUCGAGCGGCAGUGCCAGCUCUGUUUCGGUUACAGCCAGAUCGACAGCAGGCAGUGACUCUCCUUCCCUUGCUGUCUCCUCAGCUGCACCGUUCAGCAGUGGGCCAAGCAGCAGCAGUGGUAGCGCUGAGCCAAGCUUGUCAGCCACGUCCCAGCCAUCCACGGGCCUCCCAUCCCCUGUUCCCUGGUCCACUGCUGGCCGUACGAGCGUUGGGCGGGGCACGGUGACGGUGCUCACCACGACCAACCUCAAGCAGGAGCAUGUCACAGCACAGUUGGGGCCAACGUCAUCUUCGAAGGUGAGCCCGUUAGCUUCUACAGAUCUGGCCUCUACUGAUAGCCCUGCCACCACUCGUACUGCCUUAGGUGAAAGUGCCACUGUGGCCCAGGUGAGCGGCACUACGUCUGACACAGGUGACGAGACUUCUAUUUCCCUCCCUACCACAUCUUUGUCAGCUGCUUCCAUGGUAACCACGGCAGCUGGAGAAGUGAGGAUGGAGACGGCGCCCACUACGCCAUCUAGGACGGGGAGCUCUCUUGGGGUGUCUGGCGUAAGUGAGGCCACCACUGUUGGCUACACAUCCAUUAGUCGGGACAACAAUGCGACCAGCAUGGUCGCAGUGACUGGCAGUGCCAGGUCCACUUCUCCGAUGUCCAGCAUGGCAGGAGGCAGUGACUCACCUUCCCUUGCUGGCACAUCAGCUGCACCGUUCAGCAGCGGGUCAAGCAGCAGCAGCGGUAGCGCUGAGCCGAGCUUGUCAGCCACGUCCCAGCCAUCCACGGGCCUCCCGUCCCCUGUUCCCUGGUCCACUGCUGGCACUAUGAGCGUUGGGCGGGACACUGUGACGUUGCUCAGCACGACUGUCUUCAACCAGGAGCAUUCCACACAACAUUUUGUGUCCACGUCAUCUUCCACGGCCAGCCCGUUGCCUUCUAGAGCUGUGGCCUCUGCUGCUAGCCCUUCCACGACUCGUACUGGCUUAGGCGAAAGUCCCACCAUGGCCCAGGUGAGCGGCACCACGUCUGACGCACGUGACGAGACUUCCAUUUCACUCCCUCUAACAUCUUUGUCAGUUGCUUCCGUGGUAACUACAGCAGCCGGAGAAGUGAGGACGCAGAUGGCGCCCACUGUGCCAUCUAGGACAGGGAGCUCCGUCGGGGUGUCUGGCGGGAGUGAGGCCACCAGCGCUGCCUACACAUCCGUGAGUCUCGACUCCAGUGCAACCAGCGUAGACACAUCGAGCGGCAGUGCCAGCUCUGUUUCGGUUACAGCCAGAUCGACAGCAGGCAGUGACUCUCCUUCCCUUGCUGUCUCCUCAGCUGCACCGUUCAGCAGUGGGCCAAGCAGCAGCAGUGGUAGCGCUGAGCCAAGCUUGUCAGCCACGUCCCAGCCAUCCACGGGCCUCCCAUCCCCUGUUCCCUGGUCCACUGCUGGCCGUACGAGCGUUGGGCGGGGCACGGUGACGGUGCUCACCACGACCAACCUCAAGCAGGAGCAUGUCACAGCACAGCUGGGGCCAACGUCAUCUUCGAAGGUGAGCCCGUUAGCUUCUACAGAUCCGGCCUCUACUGAUAGCCCUGCCACCACUCGUACUGCCUUAGGUGAAAGUGCCACUGUGGCCCAGGUGAGCGGCACUACGUCUGACACAGGUGACGAGACUUCUAUUUCCCUCCCUACCACAUCUUUGUCAGCUGCUUCCAUGGUAACCACGGCAGCUGGAGAAGUGAGGAUGGAGACGGCGCCCACUACGCCAUCUAGGACGGGGAGCUCUCUUGGGGUGUCUGGCGUAAGUGAGGCCACCACUGUUGGCUACACAUCCAUUAGUCGGGACAACAAUGCGACCAGCAUGGUCGCAGUGACUGGCAGUGCCAGGUCCACUUCUCCGAUGUCCAGCAUGGCAGGAGGCAGUGACUCACCUUCCCUUGCUGGCACAUCAGCUGCACCGUUCAGCAGCGGGUCAAGCAGCAGCAGCGGUAGCGCUGAGCCGAGCUUGUCAGCCACGUCCCAGCCAUCCACGGGCCUCCCGUCCCCUGUUCCCUGGUCCACUGCUGGCACUAUGAGCGUUGGGCGGGACACUGUGACGUUGCUCAGCACGACUGUCUUCAACCAGGAGCAUUCCACACAACAUUUUGUGUCCACGUCAUCUUCCACGGCCAGCCCGUUGCCUUCUAGAGCUGUGGCCUCUGCUGCUAGCCCUUCCACGACUCGUACUGGCUUAGGCGAAAGUCCCACCAUGGCCCAGGUGAGCGGCACCACGUCUGACGCACGUGACAAGACUUCCAUUUCACUCCCUCUAACAUCUUUGUCAGUUGCUUCCGUGGUAACUACAGCAGCCGGAGAAGUGAGGACGCAGAUGGCGCCCACUGUGCCAUCUAGGACAGGGAGCUCCGUCGGGGUGUCUGGCGGGAGUGAGGCCACCAGCGCUGCCUACACAUCCGUGAGUCUCGACUCCAGUGCAACCAGCGUAGACACAUCGAGCGGCAGUGCCAGCUCUGUUUCGGUUACAGCCAGAUCGACAGCAGGCAGUGACUCUCCUUCCCUUGCUGUCUCCUCAGCUGCACCGUUCAGCAGUGGGCCAAGCAGCAGCAGUGGUAGCGCUGAGCCAAGCUUGUCAGCCACGUCCCAGCCAUCCACGGGCCUCCCAUCCCCUGUUCCCUGGUCCACUGCUGGCCGUACGAGCGUUGGGCGGGGCACGGUGACGGUGCUCACCACGACCAACCUCAAGCAGGAGCAUGUCACAGCACAGUUGGGGCCAACGUCAUCUUCAAAGGUGAGCCCGUUAGCUUCUACAGAUCCGGCCUCUACUGAUAGCCCUGCCACCACUCGUACUGCCUUAGGUGAAAGUGCCACUGUGGCCCAGGUGAGCGGCACUACGUCUGACACAGGUGACGAGACUUCUAUUUCCCUCCCUACCACAUCUUUGUCAGCUGCUUCCAUGGUAACCACGGCAGCUGGAGAAGUGAGGAUGGAGACGGCGCCCACUACGCCAUCUAGGACGGGGAGCUCUCUUGGGGUGUCUGGCGUAAGUGAGGCCACCACUGUUGGCUACACAUCCAUUAGUCGGGACAACAAUGCGACCAGCAUGGUCGCAGUGACUGGCAGUGCCAGGUCCACUUCUCCGAUGUCCAGCAUGGCAGGAGGCAGUGACUCACCUUCCCUUGCUGGCACAUCAGCUGCACCGUUCAGCAGCGGGUCAAGCAGCAGCAGCGGUAGCGCUGAGCCGAGCUUGUCAGCCACGUCCCAGCCAUCCACGGGCCUCCCGUCCCCUGUUCCCUGGUCCACUGCUGGCACUAUGAGCGUUGGGCGGGACACUGUGACGUUGCUCAGCACGACUGUCUUCAACCAGGAGCAUUCCACACAACAUUUUGUGUCCACGUCAUCUUCCACGGCCAGCCCGUUGCCUUCUAGAGCUGUGGCCUCUGCUGCUAGCCCUUCCACGACUCGUACUGGCUUAGGCGAAAGUCCCACCAUGGCCCAGGUGAGCGGCACCACGUCUGACGCACAUGACGAGACUUCCAUUUCACUCCCUCUAACAUCUUUGUCAGUUGCUUCCGUGGUAACUACAGCAGCCGGAGAAGUGAGGACGCAGAUGGCGCCCACUGUGCCAUCUAGGACAGGGAGCUCCGUCGGGGUGUCUGGCGGGAGUGAGGCCACCAGCGCUGCCUACACAUCCGUGAGUCUCGACUCCAGUGCAACCAGCGUAGACACAUCGAGCGGCAGUGCCAGCUCUGUUUCGGUUACAGCCAGAUCGACAGCAGGCAGUGACUCUCCUUCCCUUGCUGUCUCCUCAGCUGCACCGUUCAGCAGUGGGCCAAGCAGCAGCAGUGGUAGCGCUGAGCCAAGCUUGUCAGCCACGUCCCAGCCAUCCACGGGCCUCCCAUCCCCUGUUCCCUGGUCCACUGCUGGCCGUACGAGCGUUGGGCGGGGCACGGUGACGGUGCUCACCACGACCAACCUCAAGCAGGAGCAUGUCACAGCACAGUUGGGGCCAACGUCAUCUUCAAAGGUGAGCCCGUUAGCUUCUACAGAUCCGGCCUCUACUGAUAGCCCUGCCACCACUCGUACUGCCUUAGGUGAAAGUGCCACUGUGGCCCAGGUGAGCGGCACUACGUCUGACACAGGUGACGAGACUUCUAUUUCCCUCCCUACCACAUCUUUGUCAGCUGCUUCCAUGGUAACCACGGCAGCUGGAGAAGUGAGGAUGGAGACGGCGCCCACUACGCCAUCUAGGACGGGGAGCUCUCUUGUGGUGUCUGGCGUAAGUGAGGCCACCACUGUUGGCUACACAUCCAUUAGUCGGGACAACAAUGCGACCAGCAUGGUCGCAGUGACUGGCAGUGCCAGGUCCACUUCUCCGAUGUCCAGCAUGGCAGGAGGCAGUGACUCACCUUCCCUUGCUGGCACAUCAGCUGCACCGUUCAGCAGCGGGUCAAGCAGCAGCAGCGGUAGCGCUGAGCCGAGCUUGUCAGCCACGUCCCAGCCAUCCACGGGCCUCCCGUCCCCUGUUCCCUGGUCCACUGCUGGCACUAUGAGCGUUGGGCGGGACACUGUGACGUUGCUCAGCACGACUGUCUUCAACCAGGAGCAUUCCACACAACAUUUUGUGUCCACGUCAUCUUCCACGGCCAGCCCGUUGCCUUCUAGAGCUGUGGCCUCUGCUGCUAGCCCUUCCACGACUCGUACUGGCUUAGGCGAAAGUCCCACCAUGGCCCAGGUGAGCGGCACCACGUCUGACGCACGUGACGAGACUUCCAUUUCACUCCCUCUAACAUCUUUGUCAGUUGCUUCCGUGGUAACUACAGCAGCCGGAGAAGUGAGGACGCAGAUGGCGCCCACUGUGCCAUCUAGGACAGGGAGCUCCGUCGGGGUGUCUGGCGGGAGUGAGGCCACCAGCGCUGCCUACACAUCCGUGAGUCUCGACUCCAGUGCAACCAGCGUAGACACAUCGAGCGGCAGUGCCAGCUCUGUUUCGGUUACAGCCAGAUCGACAGCAGGCAGUGACUCUCCUUCCCUUGCUGUCUCCUCAGCUGCACCGUUCAGCAGUGGGCCAAGCAGCAGCAGUGGUAGCGCUGAGCCAAGCUUGUCAGCCACGUCCCAGCCAUCCACGGGCCUCCCAUCCCCUGUUCCCUGGUCCACUGCUGGCCGUACGAGCGUUGGGCGGGGCACGGUGACGGUGCUCACCACGACCAACCUCAAGCAGGAGCAUGUCACAGCACAGUUGGGGCCAACGUCAUCUUCAAAGGUGAGCCCGUUAGCUUCUACAGAUCCGGCCUCUACUGAUAGCCCUGCCACCACUCGUACUGCCUUAGGUGAAAGUGCCACUGUGGCCCAGGUGAGCGGCACUACGUCUGACACAGGUGACGAGACUUCUAUUUCCCUCCCUACCACAUCUUUGUCAGCUGCUUCCAUGGUAACCACAGCAGCUGGAGAAGUGAGGAUGGAGACGGCGCCCACUACGCCAUCUAGGACGGGGAGCUCUCUUGGGGUGUCUGGCGUAAGUGAGGCCACCACUGUUGGCUACACAUCCAUUAGUCGGGACAACAAUGCGACCAGCAUGGUCGCAGUGACUGGCAGUGCCAGGUCCACUUCUCCGAUGUCCAGCAUGGCAGGAGGCAGUGACUCACCUUCCCUUGCUGGCACAUCAGCUGCACCGUUCAGCAGCGGGUCAAGCAGCAGCAGCGGUAGCGCUGAGCCGAGCUUGUCAGCCACGUCCCAGCCAUCCACGGGCCUCCCGUCCCCUGUUCCCUGGUCCACUGCUGGCACUAUGAGCGUUGGGCGGGACACUGUGACGUUGCUCAGCACGACUGUCUUCAACCAGGAGCAUUCCACACAACAUUUUGUGUCCACGUCAUCUUCCACGGCCAGCCCGUUGCCUUCUAGAGCUGUGGCCUCUGCUGCUAGCCCUUCCACGACUCGUACUGGCUUAGGCGAAAGUCCCACCAUGGCCCAGGUGAGCGGCACCACGUCUGACGCACGUGACGAGACUUCCAUUUCACUCCCUCUAACAUCUUUGUCAGUUGCUUCCGUGGUAACUACAGCAGCCGGAGAAGUGAGGACGCAGAUGGCGCCCACUGUGCCAUCUAGGACAGGGAGCUCCGUCGGGGUGUCUGGCGGGAGUGAGGCCACCAGCGCUGCCUACACAUCCGUGAGUCUCGACUCCAGUGCAACCAGCGUAGACACAUCGAGCGGCAGUGCCAGCUCUGUUUCGGUUACAGCCAGAUCGACAGCAGGCAGUGACUCUCCUUCCCUUGCUGUCUCCUCAGCUGCACCGUUCAGCAGUGGGCCAAGCAGCAGCAGUGGUAGCGCUGAGCCAAGCUUGUCAGCCACGUCCCAGCCAUCCACGGGCCUCCCAUCCCCUGUUCCCUGGUCCACUGCUGGCCGUACGAGCGUUGGGCGGGGCACGGUGACGGUGCUCACCACGACCAACCUCAAGCAGGAGCAUGUCACAGCACAGUUGGGGCCAACGUCAUCUUCGAAGGUGAGCCCGUUAGCUUCUACAGAUCCGGCCUCUACUGAUAGCCCUGCCACCACUCGUACUGCCUUAGGUGAAAGUGCCACUGUGGCCCAGGUGAGCGGCACUACGUCUGACACAGGUGACGAGACUUCUAUUUCCCUCCCUACCACAUCUUUGUCAGCUGCUUCCAUGGUAACCACGGCAGCUGGAGAAGUGAGGAUGGAGACGGCGCCCACUACGCCAUCUAGGACGGGGAGCUCUCUUGGGGUGUCUGGCGUAAGUGAGGCCACCACUGUUGGCUACACAUCCAUUAGUCGGGACAACAAUGCGACCAGCAUGGUCGCAGUGACUGGCAGUGCCAGGUCCACUUCUCCGAUGUCCAGCAUGGCAGGAGGCAGUGACUCACCUUCCCUUGCUGGCACAUCAGCUGCACCGUUCAGCAGCGGGUCAAGCAGCAGCAGCGGUAGCGCUGAGCCGAGCUUGUCAGCCACGUCCCAGCCAUCCACGGGCCUCCCGUCCCCUGUUCCCUGGUCCACUGCUGGCACUAUGAGCGUUGGGCGGGACACUGUGACGUUGCUCAGCAUGACUGUCUUCAACCAGGAGCAUUCCACACAACAUUUUGUGUCCACGUCAUCUUCCACGGCCAGCCCGUUGCCUUCUAGAGCUGUGGCCUCUGCUGCUAGCCCUUCCACGACUCGUACUGGCUUAGGCGAAAGUCCCACCAUGGCCCAGGUGAGCGGCACCACGUCUGACGCACGUGACGAGACUUCCAUUUCACUCCCUCUAACAUCUUUGUCAGUUGCUUCCGUGGUAACUACAGCAGCCGGAGAAUUGAGGACGCAGAUGGCGCCCACUGUGCCAUCUAGGACAGGGAGCUCCGUCGGGGUGUCUGGCGGGAGUGAGGCCACCAGCGCUGCCUACACAUCCGUGAGUCUCGACUCCAGUGCAACCAGCGUAGACACAUCGAGCGGCAGUGCCAGCUCUGUUUCGGUUACAGCCAGAUCGACAGCAGGCAGUGACUCUCCUUCCUUUGCUGUCUCCUCAGCUGCACCGUUCAGCAGUGGGCCAAGCAGCAGCAGUGGUAGCGCUGAGCCAAGCUUGUCAGCCACGUCCCAGCCAUCCACGGGCCUCCCAUCCCCUGUUCCCUGGUCCACUGCUGGCCGUACGAGCGUUGGGCGGGGCACGGUGACGGUGCUCACCACGACCAACCUCAAGCAGGAGCAUGUCACAGCACAGUUGGGGCCAACGUCAUCUUCAAAGGUGAGCCCGUUAGCUUCUACAGAUCCGGCCUCUACUGAUAGCCCUGCCACCACUCGUACUGCCUUAGGUGAAAGUGCCACUGUGGCCCAGGUGAGCGGCACUACGUCUGACACAGGUGACGAGACUUCUAUUUCCCUCCCUACCACAUCUUUGUCAGCUGCUUCCAUGGUAACCACGGCAGCUGGAGAAGUGAGGAUGGAGACGGCGCCCACUACGCCAUCUAGGACGGGGAGCUCUCUUGGGGUGUCUGGCGUAAGUGAGGCCACCACUGUUGGCUACACAUCCACUAGUCGGGACAACAAUGCGACCAGCAUGGUCGCAGUGACUGGCAGUGCCAGGUCCACUUCUCCGAUGUCCAGCAUGGCAGGAGGCAGUGACUCACCUUCCCUUGCUGGCACAUCAGUUGCACCGUUCAGCAGCGGGUCAAGCAGCAGCAGCGGUAGCGCUGAGCCGAGCUUGUCAGCCACGUCCCAGCCAUCCACGGGCCUCCCGUCCCCUGUUCCCUGGUCCACUGCUGGCACUAUGAGCAUUGGGCGGGACACUGUGACGUUGCUCAGCACGACUGUCUUCAACCAGGAGCAUUCCACACAACAUUUUGUGUCCACGUCAUCUUCCAUGGCCAGCCCGUUGCCUUCUAGAGCUGUGGCCUCUGCUGCUAGCCCUUCCACGACUCGUACUGGCUUAGGCGAAAGUCCCACCAUGGCCCAGGCGAGCGGCACCACGUCUGACGCACGUGACGAGACUUCCAUUUCACUCCCUCUAACAUCUUUGUCAGUUGCUUCCGUGGUAACUACAGCAGCCGGAGAAGUGAGGACGCAGACGGCGCCAACUGUGCCAUCUAGGACAGGGAGCUCCGUCGGGGUGUCUGGUGGGAGCGAGGCCACUACAGUUGCCUACACACCCGUGAGUCAGGACAACAAUGCGACCAGUGUGGUCACCACGAGUGGCAGUGCCAAGUCCAUGUCUCUGACCUGCACCGUUCAGCAGUGGGCCAAGCAGCAGCAGCGGUAG